AUGGAUAGUGAUCAGUUUGAUGCCCUCUCUGGUCUUAUUCCUGUGGCUGUUCGGUCCAAGGUGCUGGCACGUCGUGCUGUGCGCAGUGGCGACCCAAUGGCUGUCUCGAAAGAGGCCAAGAUGGAGCACGACACGCUCAAGGCGAAGGUGCAGAAGGCCGAGACGGCCUUGGACAAGGCCCGUGGCCACCUCAUGCUGCAGAUCGAGCGCGUCCACAAGCUGCAGUGCGAGUUCGAUGCCCUGCAGGUGCAGGAGCGCGAGGCUGCCAAGCGUGCGGCCACGGCCUUCACCAAGCUCUCGGGGCAGCAGCAGGCCAACGGUGACGCUGAUGACCCCGCAGCUGCGCUCCGUGACCAGCUGCAGAAGCUCGGUGUCAACCCCUCCGUGCUCAGCGACUUCGACACGCUCAUCACGCAGCGGGACCUGGCCGUCGAGCGCCAAGCCAAGCAGGCUGCCGAGGCUGCGGCGGCCGAAGCAGCUCAAACUGCUGAGAGUGGUGCUGGCCCUGGCGCUGAUGGUCAGCCUGGUCAGCCCCCGCCCGGGGCGAGCGACAGCAAGGACGACGCCAUGGACGGCAAGGGCAUCAGCUUUGCCGACCUCGACGGCGAGUGGAUCGACGACCUCGUCGCCAAGGCUGGCCAGCGCGAGGCCGUGGACCUCAGUGCAGAGGAUGCCCCUGAUGCUGGCAGCCACGGCAUCACACGCAAGGCAGUUGAAGCCGCCCUGCAGCACGCCUUGGAGCGCGUUAAGAAGCCCAAGGUGCAGCAGCGCGGGACUCGGCAGAUCGUGCGAGCAGCUAGGAAGUUGCAGGCCUCGCCCUUGGUCCAGUCUGGCUACAUGGCGCAGUUCUGCGUCAUGCUGGACUACGUGCAGCACUGUGAUAUGUGCUACUCUUUUGCCCAGGUGCUGUCUGCUAUGGCUAAUGAUCAAGCUUUAUCUCUGACUCGUGCGGCCGCGUUGCACAAGACGGCCGGGCGGGAGCAAUGGGUCAGAAAGCACUCGGUCAACGGUUCGGCUGCUCUCUUUAAGUAUAUCAAGCUUCCUGAUGCAUGGCAGUCUUCCACGCUGGUUCAGUACGCUCCUGCCAACUCGAUGCAAGAGUGGCCGCCGAUGACCACCCGCAUCGUGUUCAUCCUUAAGCGGCUUGGUGGAGUCAGGAUCCCCGUGGCCAAGGCCAAGUUGAAAAGACUAAGGCAUCUACAGGGGGCUAGUGCUAGGAAGAAGACGUUGCAGCACAUGGCGCGCGCGGCUAUCGAGACCACGGUCACGUUUGGCACGAGCGUUCAGGGCACGAGCAUGACUGAGCUUGACACGCUGCGCACGCUUGCUGCUGCUGCUUUGGAUUCUCGUUCGUCUGGGCGUUCACGCACUAUGGCACUCCUGCUCACGCCGUCCCCUCGCAUGGAUCCCAUUUAUCGGGCCACCUUGGAGCCCGUCAAGGCCUUCAUGCACGUCCUCUGGAGGAACCUCAUGCCGCAGCGCACCCUGGAGAAAGGUAUUGCCGCUGCAGCUGCCAGGCUGGGUCCCCACAGUUCUCCAUGGCAAGCCAUCAAGGGGCCCUUCUCCGCGCUCUGGGCGUCGCUGCAUAGAGUUGGCAUUGAUUGUAGUAAUCUUCGUGGGUGGAUCUUCCCGAAUGGCCAGGUUGUCAACCCCUCGGAGCUCUGCCCUAGGUCCGUCGAGGCCCUUGUCGAGCGAGCUGUCGUGUCGUGGCAGAUGCAGAAGAUCUCCCAGCACUUCGAGGCUCCAGAGUUCCUGGAAGGCAUCUGGAUCGAACCCUUGCGCUCGCUGUGUUUCUCGCGGUUGCUCACGGCCUCCGAGGGGGCCUACCUGCGGUCUGUGGCCAUAGGUGGUCAGUGGCCGCAAGCACGACAGCAUGCGCAGGGUUGGGUCGAGUCUCCCGAGUGCCUCAUCUGUCAUGAUGGUGACGGCACUCUUGCACAUAGGCAUGCGCGCUGCUCGUGCAUUGAGGAGCUGGGCACUCCUGUUCCCGAGCGAGUUGCACUGUUGUCUGCGCAGGCCUUUCACAACAAGCUAGUUGAGAUCUUCCUUGAGCGCGGAGUUCUCGGUAAGCCUCGAGUUCCUCCUGACUUGUUGCAGUGGUCGUUGCAGCCAUACUAUCGGUGGGAAGGUAACCCUGUGAAUCUAACUGGUGACGUCUUUGUGGACGGGUCGCUCUAUGAAGAUCUCCCCACGUACCCAGUUGCAGGCUUCUCGUGUGUCUCCCUCAAGCCCAAUGGCGAUGUAGUUGCCACUGUUCUCACUGGCGUGCUGCCAGGACCGCAUCAAGAUAUUGAUGGUGCGGAGUUGUACGCGUUAUAUGCUGUGCUGUUGCACGCUACGCCGCCAGUGAUUGUCCACUCCGACUCGUCGUUCGUCGUGAAAGGGGUCAAUCUAUGGGGCAGGGAGCACACUACUGCUGCGGGCUUUUCUUGGGCUCAUCUCUGGAGGCUCGUCUGGGACAAGCUCGACGACUGGGGCGACGGGGUCCAGGUCAUUAAGGUCAAGUCCCACGUCACCCAGAAGGCUGUCUUGGAAGGUGUCCAGUCCUCUCGGCAUACCUUUGGGAACAAGUGUGCAGAUGAAGAGGCCAAAGUUCGUGCUUAUGAUCGCAGGCCGGCCCUCCAGUUUCAGAAGCUGACCGCUCAGCAUCAGAAGUUCGUGCGAGGCCUCGGUGUGUGGAUCGCGCAGGUUGGUGCGGUCAUGGCCGAGACACACGCCAUCGGUGCGUGCCCGCAGCUGGAGGCCGUCCGUCAGCGCCUUCGGUUGGAGGGUGGUGGCGGCGGGGACAGGAUGGAGGAUGAGGUUUCAGAGGGCUCGGACUAA